GCUCCAAUUCCUAUUUAUUGGUGCCUUCCAUUUUUUCUGUUAAACUGAAUGUGGAUGGUGCAAGCAAGGGGAAUUCGGGUAUUAGUGGUGGGGGAGGCAUUAUUAGAAACAACAACGGGAAUGUUCUGGCAGCCUUCUCCAAUGUUUAUGGGGUAUGUACAAAUUCGGUGGCAGAGAUAAGAGCCUUUAGAGAUGGCUUGGUAUUGUGUAAGGAUUUGGGUCUCUCUGACAUUUAUAUUAAUUCUGAUUCCUCUCUAAUUGUGAAACUUAUCUCUCAAAGAUCAUGUACCUUGUGGAGCUGCUGGUAUUGGUUUUAUGAAGUAAUCAAUCUCUGCGAUUUCCUGAGAGCUCAUAUCUCCCUUUCAUUUUGGGAAAGCAAUCGUGCAAAUGAUUGGUUAGCCAACUUUGCAUGUGAAUCUACCAUAAAUUCGGUUUUCUAUGGUUUUCCUUUUGGGUUUUGCAAGUGUCAGAGUGAUUUGUAUCUCAUGGAUUGGGGUAAGGGGCUUUCUUCUCAAAGAUCAAUGAGUCAAAAGGAAGAGUCUUCCAGCUCUAGACCGCGGGUGUCCUGCACCACUUGCUUCGAUGCUCUCUCGUUUUGCUAUUCUCCUGUUCACCAGAUGCAGCAAUAUUACAGGCUUGGAGUACUUGAUAACUGUUCUGAGAAAUGGACUGCUCUAUUUGAGUGUUUGAGUCUGAAAACAAAACGAUCUUCUGAGAUGCAG